AUCCCUUACAUCAUAAAAAUUUGUAAAUUUAUUCUAAAAACAAUAUACAUUAUUUUUCAGACAAUCGGUGCAAAAAAGAAAAGUGUGGAAAUGGGCACAACCACAGACGUAACACAGCAGUUGUUAAAAGAAAUGAACUAUCCAAUUUUGGAUAAAGAGGAGCCGUCACAACCUUACAAGCCAAGUAAAAAAAAUAAAAAAUCAAAGACACACUAUCGCAAUAAAACUGCCUGCAGCGAUCUUCGAAUUGCGGAACUCGGUGCAUCUACUGAAAUAGCCCAUAUUGCAUUGCGACGGCGGUCAGCUGUGCCGAUAAUAAUCAAAUCUGAAAGUGAAAUGAAACCAAUCGGAUCAAAGAGUAUGUCAAUGCUUAACCGAGAUUCAGAUUCCUGUAAUCCCAGUAAGGAUGAAUGGUCGAAUUCAGAGUAUAGUUCCAAAGAUAUGAUUAAUAGACGCUGGCUGGAUAGACGUAUUGGGAGCAUAAUAAAAAUGCCCUACAAAUGCUUUAAGAAGAACAUUCUCGAUGUUAGUUCCCGUGUGAGUGUGCGUGUGAGUAGUGGAGGGGAUAAGAGUUGCUUUUUGAAAAUGGUGAAGGCGAUGUUCCAUGAAGAAAUAGCUAACCACCAGAGACAUGGCUUAAAGAAAUUGUUCUCCACAAUAAACAGGAAGAAUACUCCAUACAAGUUGGGUUGGUAAGUAUUCGAAUUUUU